AUGACCACAGUCAUCUCUAAAUGCAUCAUCAAGACCCUGUGCGACAACCAUGGCUGUUUGGACUUCAAGCGUCUGGAUGAGAGGAUCGCGCAGAGUUUCACUGUUGCGGAACCCGUCCUGCGCAAAGUCCUCUUCGAAGAUGGUAAAAUAGCCAUUCAGGAGGGCAAACAGAGGGUGGUCGGCGGGCAAGUCCUCAGCCCGGAUAGUUUGAUUGUGGCUAAAACCAGUCUGCGGCUGUGUCAGAGGAAGCCUGGAGAGUGUCCACAGUGCGAUGGGUUACACCUGUGCAAGUAUUUUGUGUGCGGAGACUGCUCCUUCGGACCCAGGUGUAACAAAAACCAUAGUCUGGUUGAUCCAUACAAUGCACAGCUUUUGGUGAGAUAUGGUCUUCAUGAUUUGACAGAGAAACAGCUGUUCCAGCUGUUACUGCAGAAUGACCCAUAUCUGCUCCCUGAGAUCUGCCCCCACUACAACAAGGGCAACGGUUUGCACGGUUCCUGCAGGUUCACCACAUCGUGCAUCAAGCUUCACGUCUGCCUGCACUAUCUCCAGGGUGACUGUAGGUUUGGUUCUUCAUGUAAGAGAUCCCACAAUAUUGAUGCUACUGAUGCACAAGGAAAGAAGCUCUUCAGAGGAUUCAGUCAGGAGAAUAUUACCAACCUUCAUGGGAUCUACAGAAAUAAACUCAUCAUCAUGGGUCAUCAGGAGAGACGAGCUACUGCUGUUCCUGCGCUGCCAGAGGUGAAAAUGCCCACUCAGCAGCCUUCCCACAGCAACCCUGGAUCCCCCACUAGUUCUGCUUGUCCAUCCAAACCAAUAAGCGAUGCAGACAAGAAUGAAAUCUGCCUCUACUUCAUCCGUAAGAACUGCAGCUUCAAAGAGAGGUGUGCUCGUGUCCAUUGGCAUCUGCCGUACAGAUGGCAAGUUUUAGACAGCGAUGGUGUGACCUGGACGGACCUGCCUAACAUGGAGGACAUUGAGAAGGCCUACUGCGACCCAGAACGUGACACAAGCUCCAUGGAUUCACUGUCGUCUCCCUUAGGGAUUUUCAGAUUUCUGUCUUUACAAAGCUCUGCAUCCCUUGCUGUGCAGUCAGUUGACUUUAUGAAGAUGACAUACGGAGGGUCUCCAGUCCGUCGCCUGUCCACUGCCUCCUCUGUCUCAAAGCCCCCUCACUUCAUUCUUACAACAGAAUGGCUUUGGUACUGGAAGGAUGAGAGCGGGAUAUGGAUGCAGUUUGGACAGGGUGGUGGUGACGCAUCAGCCUCUAUCACUUCUCAGAUUCUGGAGAAUGUAUACCUGGCAGACAGUGAUACAGAGAUCCCUUUUGGUGCUGGCAAACACCAGUACAUCCUCCACUUAAAAGGUGCACCGGGAACCCCUGAGAUGUAUCAGGAGAAUGUAAAGUACAAAACCAAGAGAGAGGUCAGAAGGAGGCCUCUCUUUGUGUCUGCUAAUGAUGUGGAGGUGAAGCUAAAGAGUCCUUUAUCACACACCUCCAGCUCCUCCACAGCUACAAGUUUCCCACCCUACUGGGACAAGACUGCCCUACCAGAUGUUGGAUAUAAGCUCAUACCUCUCUCCAAAUCUGCAACGGAGUAUAGUAGGAUUGAGAUGUUGUUUAAGCGUACCAUGCCCCUGAGUAAAAUUCACAACAUCCAGAGGAUCCAGAAUCCCGCUCUGUGGGAAGUCUUUCAGUGGCAGAACGAGCAGAUGAAGAAGAGGAACGACGGGAAACCUGUGAAUCAGCAGUACUUGUUCCAUGGGACAGACGAGUCCCUGAUUGAAGCCAUCUGUGAGCAAAACUUUGACUGGAGGAUGUGUGGUAGCCACGGCACGGCCUACGGCAAAGUGAAAAUAAAACCAUUGCUCAGAUUAAUGGUUAUUCAAAAAUGCUUUCCUUAAAUAACUUUAAAAAUCACAGCUUAAAAAUAUAUAAUUAUUGCUACAUA